AUGCCUUUCAUGUCCAAAUCUUCCUCUCCUUCGACCUUUGCGUCUUUCCCAAAAAUGACGGAUAUUCAGUUGCCUAUUCGUGUGGCCCAGUGUGUUGGAAUCACUGCUGCAGGUGCCCUGGCUGGGGCCAACCUCAGCAUUUCCUUCAUUGCCGUUCCAAGAAUACUCGAAUCUCCACCACACCUUCUACUCAAACAAUGGAACAACAUGUUUCAACAAGGAAAGGCGUUUUUCCCAAUCGCUUCGUUGAUUCCAACCGGAUCGUUCCUCUUCCUCGCAUACAAACAGACCGAUAAACUUAAGAUGAAGUUGUUUGGUGCUGCCGGCGCGUUGGCUUUUGGAAUGAUCCCUUAUACAGUUUUGUUCAUGUUGUAUACAAAUUCAAAGUUGUUAGGAAAGGUGGAUGAAGCACAAGUAAGCUAUGCCAAUCAAUCUGGGGGAGAUUGGGAUGAUCUUUCAUCUGGGUCUGGUCGCAAGCACAAGAAAUCUUCCAAGGACCGCGAGAGAAGUGAUAGAAGUUACAAGAAGAGUUCUUCCAGCAGGAGAAAGGAGGCAUCCGAUGAAGACGAAGAUGUUCGAACUGCUCACGAGCUGGUUGAUCGUUGGGCAUUGUUGAAUUUGGGAAGAGGUGCUAUGAUGUUGGCUAGUGCGGCUAUCGCUACUUGGACUGUGGUUAGAUAUUCCAAGAACUAG